AUGGAUCAGAUAGCGAAUAGGGCGUGCUCUUUUCUUGUUCGCCGUUACUUGAGCGACUUUUUGAAGACAAAGAUUGACUCAAACAAUUUUUCGUGUAGUCUUUCAAAAGGAUCAGCAGCUGUCAAAACAGUUGAAUUUGACACAGAAUUACUUAACCAAUCACUGAGGGCCAAUAACGUCCCUUUAGAGAUAGAGGAUGGUUUUAUAGAUGAAAUUGAUGUGUCAGUGCCGUUUGGUACGUCCUCGACGGGUUCUUUCGAAAUAACUAUUAAUGGUCUUCAGAUGACAUUACACCCAAGAAAAACAUUAGAUGAGAUCAAUGAGGAGGAUUUGGUUACUUCUGUACUUGAUAGUGUAAUUGAUUCUAUGUCGACUUCUAUGGAAAUUGCUGAAAAAUUUGUUAAAGAUGAAGUGACUGCGGGUGAAAAUGGCGUGUCUAAAUUUGCUGAAAUUAUUGAUCGUUUGGCUUCUCAACUACGUGUGGUAUUCCUCGAUACCACCAUUCGUGUAGAAACCUAUCCUGAACCAACAUCGGGCUUGUGUACAUGUAUCGAGCUCCAGAUUGAAUGCUUAGAAUUUAUUGAUGGGCAAAUGGAUCAAAAACAAGGAAAGAAACCAUUGAGUGGUGGUGACCUCUCAAACAAUGAAUGUGAUUCCCCAGCUAAGAUCUCAGAGGACAAAGAUUCUGUUGAUAACAGUUUUUAUGAAACAACUCGAACGGUGCUUGAACAACCGAUGCCGACGAGGGGUAUGGCUAACUUGGAUAAGGUUAUCCAUACGAAAGGAAUUCGGUUAUUCACAGAUAUUUUUUUUCGAGAUUAUAAAGAGAACGAUGAGGAAACUCAACCUGAAGGUCCAGUGGCAAAAAGCGGAGAGCCUUCCUCUCCUGCAUUAAAGAAUUUGAGUCCUGUACCUCCCAAUUUUGAGGAUUCAGUUACUCAGCCGGCUUUUUUUUCUUGUUAUUCCAGUAUCGGGCCUUCUUCAGAUGACAGUGUCAUUUUGAAUUCUAUCGCAUUUCCAGCAGUUGUUAAGUUGAAUUCAAACCCAAUCCAGUUUGCAGAGUUCACGGGUGACAAGCAGUCUGUUUACAUUCAUAUCAGUGGGGGUGACAAGAGGGAUAAGCCUCCCAACCAGAAAAUCCGUCUCGAAUUAGAUGGCUUAUUUAUUUUUGCUACUCCAACACAAAUUGAGCUGAUUCACGAUCUUCUUCAGCUGAUGCUCGGCUCAAAGACAGAAGACGAAAAUGCUAACUAUCCAAAUGCUGCUCUUACUGAUGGUGUAGCUACUGCAGCAAUUGGAUUGAUGUUGGACCAAUUAGUAGAUCGCUCGCUACUUGUUAAGCCAGCGCAGUUGUGA